ACCAAACUCGAGCCCACUUAACAAAACAAAAUUGGAAAACAGAUCGGGUUAGUGGUCAUUUUCAUACCCGAAACCCUUUCUCCUUCCUCGCGAAAUCAGAUCGGAAAACAGGCAAAACCGUCGUCCCCUUCCGCGGCCGCCUGCACUCUUGAAUUUCCGCGAUUUCAUCCAGGCACAAUGGGAAAAACGCUUAGCCUUCCGAGAUAGGCGGCAGUUUGUUAUUAGGGCUUCCUUCUCCUAGCGGAAGCGAGCGCUCUCCUUUCUCAUCUUCCUCCCUCCGAAAUUGUGGCUUGCCGUCGUUCGCUCGCAGGGAUGUCGGGUUCUCUGCUGGAUCCGAUUCUUCCUCGUCGUCGCCUUCUGGGUCCGGUGGUGGGAUCAAGGAAGAUAUGAGAUCUGUUAACAAGGCCACCGUGGACGUCGUCGAGUGGUACCCUGAUGGCGACGAUGUGAACAGAUUAGAUCGACCGUCUUCUUGGCUGUCGCCCGAUCAUCGGAAGCAGGAGGAAUGCUCGUCGAAAUUUCUCACGUUGCCCACCAUUUUAACACUCGGUCGUGUUGCUUCCGUGCCGCUUCUCAUCGGCAGUAAGUCUCCCAUUUCUUGGACGGGGUUGGGAAUUGAGAUUGCUAUAUCCAGGUGGGUUUGAAUUGAUUUGCAUUAGGGUUUGUGAUUGGAAAUUAUUGUCUCAUUGCGACGAACGGUGGGAUUGGCGUCUAAUUUCGAAGGAGGAUCAGAGGGUUUCGUUGUUUGCUGCGAUAGGGGAAACUGACGCCGGCGCGCAACGAAGAAGAAGAAGAACAACAACGCGACCUGUUUUUCGAUUUGUUUUCGUGAGGAAGGAGAAAGGGUUUCGGAUCUGAAAAUUGUCACUAACCCGAUCUGUUUUCCAAUUUUGUUUUGUUAAGUGGGCUCGAGUUUGGUUCUGGGUCCAGUUGGGUUAAUGGGUUGGGUUGGGUUGGGUGGGGACAUGGUAGGUCUAGUGACGUGGCAGGUCGGGUUUGACCAUUUUCGUCCUGAAAUGAUGUUGAUUAGGCGCUCCCGUUAGUCAUGUCAGCACAUAACUAACUCUGUUAACGAAUUCGAAUGGAGAUUAACGGAGAGUGACUAAAUAUGAACUAUUUCUACAAUUUGAGUGACCAAAAUUAAUAUUACUUUUUUCUAGUGACUAAAUAUGAUAUAAUUUAGUAAUUUCAGUAAUCAAAUGUGGCAUUUACCAAAAGGAAGAAACGAGGAAGAGGAAAAGAAAGAAGGAAGACGACUCCGUGGAAGCGAUCUGUUCUGUUUACAGCGCAUCAUCCAUUCCAUUUCUGCCCCACAACCCCACAGAGCACAUAUUUUGAACCAUGAUGUUACAGAGAUUAAGUCAGAGAGCCCCAGAAAACAGCUGCAGCAGCAGAAUGGUUGCUUACUGAUUAGUUUCCUGCGGUGUGUUUGUUUGUAUUUCGGACGGCCGAAGACGGAGAUCACUGCUGCAUCGCGCAUCUUUCUGUUCUGCAUCUUCAUCUGAUCUGCCUCCUCCACCAACAACUCAAUUCACUGAAUCCCCCCUUCUGAAACGCCGCCACCAUCCCGCGCCAGCGGCCGUUAGCAGCAGCGACGCCCAUCUGAAAUCCCAAGGCGCUGUGUGCUAUAGUUCUCUCUCCGCCACUCCGACUUUUUCCCCCACACCAAAAAAUGGCCACCAACUUGCCGAUGACUUCUCAAAUGGAGCAGAUCCACGGCGAGAUCAACGACAAUUUCCGAGCUCUCUCAAAUGGGUUCCAGAGGCUUGAUAAGAUUAAAGAUUCUAAUCGACAGAGUAAACAGCUCGAGGAGCUUACAGGCAGGAUGAGAGAGUGCAAAAGAUUGAUUAAGGAGUUUGAAAGUGAAAUCAAAGAUGAGGCAACCAGAAAUCCACCUGAGGUCACUAAGCAACUUAAUGACGAAAAACAAUCCAUGGUUAAAGAGCUGAAUUCCUAUGUGGCCUUGAGGAAAACGUACAUGAGUACUAACAAGAGGGUUGAACUGUUUGAUACGGGAGCUGGGGCCAGUGAACCGAUGCCAGAAGACAAUGCUCGAAUGGCAUCAGCUAUGUCAAAUCAAGAACUUGUUGAUGCUGGGAUGAAGACAAUGGAUGAGACUGAUCAGGCCAUUGAGCGCUCCAAAAAGGUUGUUCAACAAACAGUAGAAGUGGGCACUCAAACUGCUGUUACUUUAAAAGGCCAAACUGAGCAAAUGGAACGAAUUGUUAACGAGCUGGACACAAUUCAGUUUUCAAUUAAGAAGGCCUCGCAGCUGGUGAAGGAGAUUGGGAGGCAGGUGGCAACCGAUAAAUGCAUUAUGCUUUUCCUGGUUCUUAUUGUGUGUGGUGUAAUAGCAAUAAUCAUUGUGAAGAUUGUCAACCCAAACAACAAGGACAUCAGAGACAUUCCUGGACUGGCACCCCCAGCCCCGGCAAGGAAACUUUUAUAUCUAAGGGAUUCUCAAAAUCUGUAAGAGUAUAUUCAUUCAUCCUUUUGAGAAAUACAGAAGAACAGACAUUCCCAUCCACGGAUACCAUCAUGAUUAGUUUCGGAGCGGAAGGAAGAAUCCUGCUUGCUACUGGCGCUAUGCAACCCCAUUCUUGAUUGUUUUACUUUGCAUGAGAUGUGCAUAUUUCGUUUGGAGAAUGUUUGUGUACUAUAUUUGUUCAAGUAUCCGAGAUCCGUCAUGUCCUGUAUUCUUUUUCCCUGUACACCACUUAUAUAGCUACUUUUAGGUGUGUUCUGAGGCAAGACAAGGCAUUUACUGAGUUUGAUUGUUUCUUUCUGUGUUGGUUAAAGGUUCUUACUGGGUUUGUUCUCGAAGCAUAUAUGCUACGUACUCUUGUGCGAGCUAUUGUUUGGUUGUAUUCUCUUCUGUUCUCACAUAUCCAUUCAUUGGACGAAGCACAAAUACACUCGGCUGAAAUCAUUAAUGAAUUGCGAUUAGGUAA